CGGGAAGAGGGCGGGCCAGCCCUUGGGGCUGCCCAUGUGGCCCCCAGGCUGAGUCCAGGUGGGGUCUGGCCUCGGCCCCAGUCCCCCAAGGAGCCGGCCCUCUGCUCCAUGGGGUUGCCGCUGCCCAAGGAGAAGGGGUACAUCCUCUGCCUGUGGAGAAAGCUCUGUAGAUGGUUCCAGAGGCAGGAGUCAUGGGCCCAGAGGCGGGACGAGCAGAACCUGCUGCAGCAGAAGAGGAUCUGGGAGUCUCCCCUCUUGCUAGCUGCCAAAGAGAACGAUAUCCAGGCUCUGAGCAAGCUGCUCAAGUAUGGGGCCUGUGAUGUCCACCAGAAAGGAGCCGUAGGGGAGACGGCACUGCAUGUGGCCGCCCUCUAUGACAACCUGGAGGCCGCCACGGUGCUGAUGGAGGCUGCCCCGGAGCUGGUCAAGGAGCCCAUGACAUCUGAGCUGUAUGAAGGUCAGACGGCGCUGCACAUAGCGGUCAUGAACCGGAACGUGAACCUGGUGAAAGCCCUGCUCACCCACGGGGCCAGCGUUUCCGCGAGGGCUGUAGGCUCUGCCUUCCGCCUCAGUCCUCACAAUCUCAUCUACUUUGGGGAGCACCCUCUGUCCUUUGCCGCCUGCAUGGGCAGCGAGGAGAUCGUGAGGCUGCUCAUUGAGCAUGGCGCUGACAUCCGGGCCCAGGACUCCCUGGGAAACACAGUGUUGCACAUCCUCGUCCUCCAGCCCAACAAAACCUUCGCUUGCCAGAUGUACAACCUGCUGCUGUCCUACGACAGGCGAGGGGACCACCUGCAGUCCCUGGACCUCAUGCUCAAUCACCAGGGCCUCACCCCCUUCAAGCUGGCCGGAGUGGAGGGCAACACAGUGAUGUUCCAGAACCUGGUGCAGAAGCGGAAGUACAUCCAGUGGACGUGUGGACCGCUGACCUCCACUGUCUAUGACCUCACGGAGAUCGACUCCUCAGGGGAGGAGCUAUCCCUGCUGGAACUUAUUGUCAGCUCCAAGAAGCGAGAGGCUCGCCAGAUCCUAGACCAGACGCCAGUAAAGGAGCUGGUGACCCUCAAGUGGAAGAGAUACGGGCGGCCGUACUUCUGCGUGCUGGCAGCCACGUACCUGCUGUACAUCGUCUGCUUCACCGUGUGCUGUGUGUACCGCCCCCUCAAGCCCAGGACUGACAAUGAAACCGACCCCCGGGACAGCACCCUCUGUCAGCAGAAGCCACUUCAGGAGGCCUAUGUGACCCACCAGGACCACCUCCGACUGGUGGGGGAGCUGGUGAGCGUCUUUGGGGCUGUCAUCAUCCUGUUCAUAGAGAUUACAGACAUCUUCCGAGUGGGACUCAGUCGCUUCUUCGGACAGACCAUCCUUGGAGGACCAUUCCACAUCCUCUUCAUCACCUAUGCCUGCAUGGUGCUGGUGACCAUGGUGAUGCGGCUCACCAACACUAACGGGGAGGUGGUACCCAUGUCCUUCGCCCUGGUGCUGGGCUGGUGCAACGUCAUGUACUUUGCACGAGGAUUCCAGAUGCUGGGCCCCUUCACCAUCAUGAUCCAGAAGAUGAUUUUUGGCGAUCUGAUGAGAUUCUGCUGGCUGAUGGCCGUGGUCAUCCUGGGCUUUGCCUCGGCCUUCUUUAUCAUCUUCCAGACAGAGGACCCCAAUGAGCUGGGCCAUUUCUACAAUUACCCCAUGGCGCUCUUCAGCACCUUUGAGCUGUUCCUCACCAUCAUCGACGGCCCCGCCAACUACGACGUGGAUCUGCCCUUCAUGUACAGCAUCACCUACGCUGCCUUCGCCAUCAUCGCCGCUCUGCUGAUGCUCAACCUCCUCAUCGCUAUGAUGGGCGACACUCACUGGCGUGUAGCCCACGAGCGGGAUGAGCUCUGGAGGGCCCAGGUUAUAGCCACCACUGUGAUGCUAGAGAAGAAGCUGCCGCGUUGCCUGUGGCCUCGCUCAGGGAUCUGCGGGCGCAAGUUCGGGCUGGGGGACCGCUGGUUCCUACGGGUGGAAGAGAAACAGGAUAUCAACCAGCAGCGUGUCCGGCGCUACGCCCAGGCCUUCAGCCACCCAGGCUUGGAGGACGACAUGGAAAGACUGUGGCUGGGAAGCCCCUUGGGCCCCUGCCUGUCGCUUCCUACCCCCUCGGUGUCUCGAAGUACCUCCCGCAGCAGCAUCAACUGGGAGAGGCUACGGCAAGGGACCCUGAAGUCAGAGCUGCGGGGGGUGGUCAACAAGGCUCUGGAGGACGGGGAAGGCUGGGAGUACCAGAUCUGA